CUUUUGAAAUAAAUUUAACUUUUAAAAAAGAAAGAUAAUCUGUUAUUGCUCUAUUUCUUACAUCAUCGUCUGGCAAAUGAGAUCCACUCAAAAGAACAAAACAUAGCUGAGUGUGACAGCACAUCUAAUUCACAAUCACAGAAACUUCCAGAAGGCAUCAGAAUCACGUUCUCUAUUUGUUUCUGCAAGAAGAGAUCACACCACUCCUACAUGUGUAGAGAGGCAUUGCGUACUAUAGGUGCCUGUAAUGCCCAGAGUGUUGUUUUGUUCAAAAAUAAACAUUUCCUAAGCACUGAGUAAACUCCUGCAUAUCAAAAAGAAAAAGUUGCAUAAACCUUUAGAUUGACAAGACUACUUAGCUCACUCAGUAUCUGUCAUGGGAUAUAUCAUAGCCCCAGGGCAUCCUCAUAGCAUGUCCACUACAAGCAGUGUCUAAUGAAUUCAUAAGUGAUUUGUUAUGCACCAUGUGCCUUUGAAUGGAUCAUGUCAGCCUAUAUUGUGCAAAUGGAAUGUAAGAAAGGGCUACACUAAUAGGAAAUCGUUCACUUGGUCAUUGAGGCAAUCCUGGAGACACUUACAGGCAAGGUUAAUCUGCAUGCAUUUUGAAUUUGACUUUUUUUCUGAUAGUCAUCUAAUAUCUAGUGUUUCAUUAGUCUGCAAGUUAUUUUUCUGAGAUAAAAAUAAUGGAAGUAUGAAGCACUCUUUUCUUUGUUUUAAAAUUUAGACUGCCAUUUUCCCUGUAUAUAAAAUUAGAUGCACUAAGAUGAUGAUUGUAAAAACUUUUCCCAGUUCUGACCAUUCUUCUGCUUUUCUACUGAACAAGAUAAUGAAAAGUGAAAAUUAAAUUUAGCCUGUUUUGUCCUUAACAUGACUCUAGUCAAAUUGAAAAAGUUGUGUAUUAUUUCGUGACACUCUUUUGAGGAGUAUAGACAUGUAUAGCUUUUCUUUAUGAGACUUUUGGGGUUUUAUAUUUGUUUGUUUUUGUUGUUGUUGUGUUGGGGUUUUGUCUGGGUUUUUUUUUUUUCAAUCUAUUUUGUGCUUCUACUCUUUCCUCAUGUAGGACUGGUUGUAUUUCCAGACAAAUCCUCUCUUCUCUUUUUUUUCCCCAAAUAAGUAGUGCUACCAGUCCAAAUUUACCUGAUCCUGAAGCUAACAAAAAACUCAUAUGACUGCUAAUAGGAAAAAAAAGAAAGACAUAGAGCCUGCAGUUACCAUGCCAACACUGUUCCCUGGGGUGCAGCAACAGAGAUGGAUGCUGUGAAAUUAAGAUCUGUGUGAUAGGUAGGAGGUACCUUUGCAUGUGACUGUGCACGACUUGGAGCUUUCAUGUACACUGUAUUUUACUAUUUGUACUUUUAAUGUUAUGCACUAAUCUGGUAUUUAUGUUGUUCCCUUCAUUCUCUGUGUGCAUAUUACAGUUUCCUAUUUUUGUGUAAUGAGAGAAUUUGGUGUUUCAAAACGUAUAUAGUAAGUUUCAUGAAAAAUGUAUAAUAAAAUGGGUAAGGUUUGAUGAAGAAAGAAUGGCUUCUGACUUGAAUUCUAUCUAGAAUUUAAUUUUCUCUGUAAAGCUGUUGGAGCACUACUCUACUCUCACCUCAUAAGUGCAGUCUUUGUGCGGGCAGUAUGGGGAUAAGCAAAAUAUUUCAGAAGAGAGCCACUAACAAAACUCUCACACAAGAGUGUUGCAAGACAAAGGUUUUUUUUUUUUGUAUUUUUCUGCUUAUAUGUGGUUUUUCUAUGUUUGCUUACAGCUGAUCUUUAGGUAUUUGUUAAAUAUCAAAGACAAACCUCCUUUUUCUUAAUGUGCUUGAUGUGUUUGCCCAAUGCUGCAUCCUUCUAUGAGGUUACAGCUUGCUCCUCACUAUGUAAGUACUCCUUCCUUAGAUUCAAGAAGAGGGCUCUGUUCUAUAUUCUCUCUCCCACUCUGUGCUUUGUAGGUUGAUGGGAUGACAAGGAAUUAGAGAGUAUAAUUCUUAGUCAAUAUUUUAGAUGUUCAUGAAUCAGUAGGACCUUGAUUAGAAUUGUAUGUUACAAUUCUACAAUAUUGCCCCAUUUGAAUGUUUUGAUUUAGUGACUGCUUUGAAAAGCCCUUUUUUAUUACCUUCACACACUUCUUGAAGCAAAACUUUCUGAGUUAAACAUCUCAAUUAGUUUUCUUUUUUUCCUGCUGCUUUAUUUGUUUCUCCAUCCUCCAGUCACAAAUACAUGCAAAGGAGAGGCAGAGCUGUUUAUAACAUGAUGAAGUUGCCAGGUUGGUUUACUUGAACUUUUUUUGAAGACUGUGCAUUGGUUAUGUAAGUAGAAAUUCUGUGGGAUAUUUUACUGACACUUUUUCAAGUCUCUGAGAGGUUACUUUGUGCACUAGCAAUGCCAGUCUUGAAGACUGAGAUCGAAAGCAGCAGAAAACUCAUCAGCUCCUAAAUUUAACAUCUGUUUAUAUUUUUUUGUGAGUCAUAUUAAAGAUAACAGUCUUUAACUCAAUAGCAGCUAAUUGAAAAUAUUUAAAUUGCAGUGUUUUUGCAUACUGAUUUUUGCUGAGGUCACAAAGCAACAAAGUGAUAUUCAUGGUAACUGCACUUAUAUAAUGUCCCAAUGAGGUUUCCUUCCUUCCAGGCCACAGCUACACAAGAAAUGUUCAGCACAGCUGCAAAUGCACUUUGUCAGUGUUAAUAAUUAACAUUCAAAAAGCAGCUAAAACAAGAACUCAGCCAGAAAGAACUUCCUGUCUGGUUUGCCCUACACUUACUCAGUUUUUAAACUUGUGCAUGGAAAGGAGGCUUGUACUACGUGAGUCACAGUAUCUCAGGGUGUGAUACUAAAUACGAGCUGAAGAGUUUCAGCACACCCAGACUGAACAAACCUUCUCUGGUUAAAAAUGAAAAACAACCCCAGAAUUGACUGAGGAGCACCGUGGAGCAGACAGAGCCCUCUCCCUACGUGAUACCGAAGUUGGGAUAAGUUGACUCUAACAUUUAUGUUUUACCUCAAUGAGGAGUGCUAUUUCAGAACUGUGGUGUUCUCCAGCUACAACUGUAUGCAAUUAUUUGAGUGAUAAUACAACAAACAUUAAUUAUGUUGAUGAAAAUACAUCCAUUUUAAUAUGAUUUCUGUUUUGCCUCUGGAGAGUUUCAUUAUGGCAGCCCCCAAUGAACAAUGACAUCCUUUGACAGAUACAGAUGCCAAAAAGCCAGACGAAAACAGUGGCCUUGUUUCAUUUUUACUCCAACACAGUGAAAUGGUGCUCUUAAAGUUUUGUUAUUGACUCUCACUGAAAAAAAUCAAACUCCUGACCGGACCUUUUUUCCCCAGCCCUCUCCCAGUGUUCUUAUGGAUGCUUGACACAGUGACAUCAUGUAGUAGGCCCUGAAGUGUUGUCAUAAUUGAGUUGCAAUGGUUUUAUACACUUCUCCAUUUCCCAACAGCUUUCUGUCAGUUCUGCAUUCUUUUUCCUGGGGCCUGAUUUUCCCAUGUUACUGGCUAGCAGACAGGCUCGUGGGCUCUUUUGUUCCAACCACCUAUGAAAAACGUCAAAGAGCAGAUGACCCAUGCUAUUUUCACGCCCUCUGCAUCAUUAUUACCACUCCCAUCUACCUGGCACUCUUGGUGGCCUCUCUUCCUUUUGCUCUGAUUGGCUUUUUGCUCUGGUCCCCGCUGCAGUCAGUCAGAAGGCCCUAUGUCUACUCCAGACUGAAAGACAAGAACCAUGCCAAUGGAGCCACACUGCUCACUGAAUGGAAGGCUGCAGGGAGCGGGAAAAGCUUCUGCUUUGGCAGUGCUAAUGUUUGCCUGCUGCCAGAUUCUCUGGCAAGAUUUAAUAACGUUUUCAACACACAGGCCAGAGCUAAAGAGAUCGGCCGGAGGAUCCGAAAUGGGGCGAGCAGGCCACAGAUUAAAAUAUACAUAGAUUCUCCUACCAACACAUCCAUCAGUGCAGCGAGUUUCAGCAGCCUGGUCUCCCCCCAGGCUGGAGAUAACCGUACUGUUAAUGCUGGCCUCAAAAGGACAACAUCAAUGGAGUACAAAGGAGACAAUUGUGGCUCAAACAAUGGUGAGGAGAACAGAGAAGAUAAAGGUGGAAGUGGAGAGCCACAUGAGGGAGAAGAAAACACUUGCAUUGUCCGUAUCAAUGGAGAGGAGAAUGGCCACAUGUCCGACACAGAAACAGACGCUGCCAACGGCCAGGCUCGUGCCAGUGGCCCAGCAGAGCCCUCACUGGAAGGUGAUGCGGAGAUCUCAAAAACACCAAACCACAAACAGAAGGAAGGAGAUUCUGGGAGUUUAGAUAGCUGCUCUGCCUCACGAGAGUCCCUAGUCAAAGUCCGUGUUGGAGAUGGUACAGUGGACCAAAGCGCUGUCAACAACAAGCUCCUCUACAAAGCUUCAAUCAUGAAGAAGACUUCAGUGCGGAAAAAGAAACACACAGAUGAGACCUUUGAUCAUGAGAUCUCUGCUUUCUUCCCUGCCAACCUGGACUUUCUGUGCUUGCAGGAAGUGUUUGACAAAAGAGCUGCAGAGAAAUUGAAAGAGCAGCUCCACCACUAUUUUGAAUACAUUGUCUAUGAUGUUGGGGUCUACAGUUGCCAUGGCUGCUGUAGCUUUAAGUUUGUGAACAGUGGUCUACUUUUUGCCAGCCGCUAUCCUGUUAUGGAUGCUGCCUAUCACUGUUACCCCAAUGGAAGAGGAAUGGACUCCUUGGCUUCCAAGGGAGCUUUGUUUCUCAAGGUGCAAGUGGGAAGUACACCUCAGGACCAAAGAAUUGUGGGAUACAUUUCCUGCACUCACUUGCAAGCUAUUGCAGGAGACACUACUGUUCGAUGUGAGCAACUGGAUAUGCUUCAAGAUUGGCUGUCUGAAUUCAGAAAAUCUACCUCCUCCUCCAGUACAGCCAAUCCAGAGGAGCUGGUGGCUUUUGAUGUACUCUGUGGAGAUCUCAACUUUGAUAACUGCUCCUCUGAGGACAAGCUGGAGCAGCAGCAUUCUCUGUUUACACACUACAAAGACCCGUGUCGAGUUGGUCCUGGGGACGAUAAGCCUUGGGCAAUCGGUACCCUGUUGGAUCCUGAAGGAUUAUAUGAUGAAGAAGUGUGCACCCCAGAUAACCUGCAGAAGGUGCUGGAAAGUGAAGAAGGAAGGAAAGGAUACUUAGUCUUUCCCACCAGCAAGAACCACAGUUCCAGUCAGAAGGGGAGGAAGGCAUCACUGAAGGGAAAUGGGAGGAGGAUUGACUAUAUGCUCUAUACAGAAGAAGGUCUCUACCUGGAAUGGAAAGUGGAAGUGGAAGAGUUCAGCUUUAUUACCCAGUUGGCAGGCCUGACAGACCACCUACCGGUAGCAAUGCGUCUCAUGGUGUCUACGGGAGAGGAUGAUCCUUAGAACUGACCAGCUCUGAGAGAUUAGAAGAGGGAAACAUGAAUGAUAUUUCAAAAAUAUCAGAGGAUAAGAAUGAACUAUUCUGGUGCCACGUUAGGAAAGAUGACCAGACCUGACCUGGGCUACUCCCAGAAAGUACCAACAAUGUGGAUCUAAAAAGGGAAGAAGUGGAAGGGGCUGUGGCCAAAAGCCAGUCACAAGUGGCUCAGGCAACAGGGCAGGCCUGUACUACAAUGCUUUCACUGUGGACCGAACGGAACCAAGAUGGAAGUCCUAAUUCCUUCUGAACCAGUGCCAUUCUUACUAAAACAUGUUUUUAUACUAAUAUAUAGCACAAUUUAGUUUGUACUUAGUCUGUGAGUUAGUGCUGCUCAAUGGUUUUUUGCAUCAUUUCUUUGUCUAACUACGAAGCUGCAGCUUUUUCUCUUUCUUUAGCCUGUGACAGUUGUAGUUCGUGCUUGCAGCAGCCGCAUGCGCCCGCACUGCAUGCACCGGAGAGAAACCGGGCAGAGAAACCUGGCAACGGCAGCAGGGAAGGGAGGGCACACAGCAGGCCCAGCCAAAGCGUGCUGGGACUGGAAACCCUUCUGUCAGUACAGGUAGACCUUAAACCAAACAACUCUCUUCAAUUUGCAGACCAGUAUCUUCCUGUCUGAUUUAAGGAUAAUUAAAAGAUUUGGAAUUGAGACUUCAAGAACACAGUCCCACCCUUAUUCCAGCUGUGUUCCCACUGAAAUUAUGAACUGUUUUGUCUGAAUGAUGACUCCAGAAUCAGGCCUUCAGCUUUCUAAAUGCAACUUAUUCUCUUAAGAAGAAAUAGUUUCCCUGUAAUGUCUUUUUUUUCCCAUGUGUGGGACAGUUCUGAAUUAUGGUAUGGGAUAUGUAUAUUACAGUAGAGUGAAUAGAUUCCUGUAGUACCAUUGGUAACACCAGAACCAACAUUCUGCCUUAGCUAGAAAGGGUAAGUGGGAAAUGAAUUGUAAAAUGCAUGCUAGAUAUAGAGUAAAAAUAAACAUAAGUGACAUUUGGGGGGAAAAAGGUAUAGAAGAGUGUAUGAUCGAUAAGGCAGAAUAACCUGACAAUUUUCUAAAGGAAUCAGUGCACUUAAAGGGGAAGUGGAACAUGGCCAGCAGGAGAGUAGAGAAUAGAACUGUGACUCUUGGCCUUAGGUAACUGCUUCCCAGGAACAGAGGCUGUUUUGAUGUCUGUGAGACAUGAUUCUCCAUUUGUUAUGCACUCAUAGACUUGAACGGGGGUCUUGCCAUCUGAUUCACAGGUCCUUUCCACUAAAGUUCUUCAAAUGUGGGGCUGCCCUCUGCCAACUUGUUCCCAUGACCUGACCUAUCCAGCCUCUGUAACGUUAAGAAAAAUAAUGAAAAACUGAGAAUCAGGUCCAUAAUGAAACUUGGCAUUUUUUUAGGGAUUUAAUUUCAGAGGAUUUGUGUUGUUGGGAGAACAAUGAGACUCCUGUUUUAACCAUUACUUAGUUUCUUCUGCCUAUCUCUUGUUCAAGUUUAGUGUUAUUUCCUCUUGUAUUACAAAUUCCCCCUGUUAAGAAGAGUUAACCCAGUAUUAGAUGUACUCCAUUAAAUAACCUCUUUUAGUUACGCUGCCCACAAACUCCUGAGGACGCUCUUGUUUUGGUUUAGUUUAGACCUGCUGUGGAUCAGCUUGAGCUAAAUGAGAAUAGAUCUAAAUUAGAAAUCUCAGUCUGCACAGCCUCUGGUACUCGCUUAGUUAGCUACAGUAAACAACAGAACUUGUACUUAGAUCUGAUUUUGCAAAUAGUGAAGCUCAUAAUAGUCAUGAGAGUAGAGGACUAACAGUAUUGGCUCGUUCCAAGGAGGCAGCAAGGCCACUGCUCACACUCUCCCGCUGCACCUGGUCUUGACACAUCUUAUGCCUCGUUUUCCAGUCCUGGGGUUCCUUCAGCAGAGACUGCCUCUUAGAAGUGUACUGUGCCAAACCGUGGGGUAGUCGGAAGUGUAACCCAUGGCGACUCAGAAAUGGAACCAGACUCAGUUCCCCUUUUUAUAAAAUUAGGAAUUCAAGUUUACAGAAUCAGAGACUUUAGUGUACUACCCCAGUGCACCACCAGUUUCCCACUUUGUAUGUCUGUCUUUAUACAGAGGGUGCACAUAUGUGCAACGUGUUUUUCGGGUUUCUUAUUGCUCCACUCGAUUCAGAAAAACUUGUACCCAAACCAAUGCUUUUUAAUCCUAUUUUCUAUCUUGCUUGUAUUUUAUUAAUCUUUUUUAAAAAACCCAAAACCCAGUAGCAAUUUGUGUGCUGUCCAGCAGCUAUUUCUCAGUAGUAAGACUAACUACAAGGUACGGUAUUUUUAAUAGUUUUCCUAACAAUGUAAAUUACGAUUUGAUAUCAAUUUCACCAAGUAUCAGUUUCAGGAGCUGAAUUUGACACUGUGAGGGAUACAAACAUAAAACUACUGCCAAAUAAUGUUACAUUAUUUACAGUAAAACUAACAUGGUCUAAAUUACUUUAAAAUUUGUUCUGUGGCUUUGUGCUGACUGAAAAAUCAGCCACUUUGGUCAACUUUUUGAGAUGUACUGAGAAAUGGUUUUUUUCAAAUUUGAAGUAAACUCUUUUAGAUUUUGAUGCUCCUAAUUCCUCAGUGCUCAAGAACUGGCUAGGUGUAAAAUGUUCUCUUACACAAUACACAUACAUUUAACCAGUGUAAGUAGUUCUUUCUAAUUACUGUCUUAGGGGUGUGACCUUGCAAGGGAGUGAUGCUGGGAGGUUCAGCAUUGUGGCACCACUGUACAGAUGCUCCUUGGUUUUUUGCAUUGAUCCUGUGCCUUCUGAUGCCUCGGCAAUGCUUGCAGGGGUCAGAGCGUGUCUGUAGCAGUGAGCUGGAAUGAACAGGUUUCCCCUUCCACAACAGUGACCUCCGGGAGAAAAACGAGUUUUGCCUACACCAACUCCAGCCACCGCAGUUCCAACCAACACCCCGCUGAGAAUCCACUCAGACAAUGCCUGUACUGCCACGGUAUCAAUCAUCACAGGCCUUAGGCAGACACUAUAGAAUAGAAUAUUUGCAUUUCAAAAAAAAGGGAGGGGGGCGGGGCUGGGGGGGGUGAAGAGACCACACCCAGGACAUCAAACCCUGGAAAGCUUUUUCAGAUGCCAAUCCUACUUUGCUUAUGGAUAGCAUGACCCAAUUUAUAAGUAGAAUGUUAUUUAUAAAAAAUCAAGUUAAGCUUACUCUGUGCUUAUCCCACUUUGUACUGGGAUUUCAGGCAUCUUCAAGAAGUGAGUGAUAGGACUAUGCUUGGUUUAGUACCUGCCCCUCACCAGGGAUACUGCAAUGAAGUGUCAUCUUUUUAUCAAAGCAUCUUCUGUUUCUCAUGUUCAGUUUGCAUUUUACAAGAGCACUUCUAGACCAAGUGAACAAAAGGCCCAAAGAGGACAGCUGAAAACCAAGCAUUUCCAGAAAUUUUGAAGGUGUCAGGUCCUGACAAAGUUGGUAACUUUAGAUCACUUCAAAAAUGCACCCUAGAGCAGUGAGCACCAGGGAGGUAACACUCAGCCUUAUGCUGGGGGAAAAGGCAUUUGACUCAUUCCAGUGGUGCCCAGUUUUAGUCUGUCCCAACCUGGACACUUGGUAGAAGCUGCCUAAAGCACCCAAACAGAAACUACCAGAGCCUGGCUCCAGGAGAAGCCUGCAGCCCGAGAAGAUGUGUCCUGCUGGCUGCAGAAGGAGUUUACCUGCCUUGUGUCAGUAUCAUGAGGAAGUUUUAUCCCAGAAACACUCUCAGUCUGGCUAGACCCUCAGGCCUGCUUGUUGGCUAAGACAGUAAGAUUUAAGGAACAUACAAUUGCAAUAUGGAUUUUUUUUUUUGUUUGGUGGUCCAGAUGAAGCCGAUCUGACUGUCCCCAGUUUGGUGUGUGAGCUGCCCUGGAUCACACAGCAGCACAGCAGUGUCAGCACAUAUCAUCAGCUCAGAAAUGAAGCAGUUUUGCCUCCUCCUGGCACCACAGGAUGAGGACAGAAAUACAAUUCAAGCACUUUGAAAACCUCCCAGUUUUAUCCAUUACGAGGGUCAAAUUGUUACUGAAGGUCUCACUUUUCCAUGCCAUUUUGUUUUAAAUAUAAUCUUAAUGCUUUUAAAGACUUGUAUUAUUGCUGAGGUUUAGAAGUCCUGUAAUAAGAAUAACCUUUUUUUAUUUCAAUGAUUUUUCGGUAUUGUAUCCUUCUGGAACCUAAUGUUUUUAUAUGGUAAGCACACACCUUCUGACAUUUUGUUAUAAAUGUAUUUAAAAAAAAAAAAGGAAAAAUUUAAAUAUUUUCAUUGGUUUCUUUACCUGCAAGAAAACCACAAUCACAGACCUGAUAAAAACAAGGUAUUUUAAACAAUAUGGAGGGGUUUUUGUCUUUUAUUGGUGCUGAAAGGAAUAACUGGUUGAUGCAAACAAGAUAAUAAAAUUUCAAGGCUCAAAUGA